UAUAUGUCAACUGGCGAAAUUUAAGUCCACUCUACAAGGGCUUGUAGAAUUAUAUUCAGUGAAUUUACAAAAAUGUGGAAGAAUGAAUGAGUUAAAAAGCUAUGCACCGUUAGCUAAAACUGCAUUACUAUUUUCAAUAUUUACAGAAAAACAGAUGGAUUAUAUAAUGCAUAAACUUACCCUGUGCUUUAAUAAUAAUGCACAAAAUGCUACAGGAACUGUACGUGAAUUCAUUGCCUGGCUCAUAUCCAUAUGAUGAAGAUGUCAAUGAUAUAGCCUUACAGAUAUGGUUAAAUGCACAAGAAGUGUCUAUCUCAUCGUCACCGAUGAUGCCAACGACGGUGGCAAGAAAUUACUCCUGCUCGUCAUCUUCUUCCACAUGGACCGCCAUCUCGCCAGCUAACUCUAAUGAUGAUAGUCAAUUCAGUGAUGAUAUAAUCAAACUGAUGCAUAAAGAGUUUAAUCAACUUGCAUUUAAUAAAGAGAUCGAAGCUCUACUCUUUGUGUUUUUAUCAAUCAGUGAACAUGUCUUAUAUGAAAAUGCAUCUGGUGUAAUGGUGUUAAAAGAAUUUGCAAAGUCUGCAUCAAUUUCUUUGAUAAAAUUUAUGAGUAGAAUUGGACAGUUAAUUGCUUAUUAUGCAAUAAAUGAUACACUGAGUGAAAAUAGAAUAUCUCAAGGGGACAGUCAAAAAUUACUCUCGUCUCAAAUAUAUGCUUAUCAUCCACAAUGUUUAAUUUGAUUUAAAACGCUACUAUUAUGCAUUGAAAAGUAUUAUACAAUUAUACGCAGUGUGCUGAGAUCAUCAGGGCAGAAUGAACUUGAAUGCCUUCAUGUUAUAGUGAAUGUAUUGAUAUCUACUACUGGAGUAGAUGCUUACAAAGAUGAAGUGAUAAGUCUACGGCAUAGUGCACUUCAAAUUCUACAAACUAUACUAGAGCAUAAAUCUUCUUUCUCUUUACAAUCAUCCAUAAGUUUAAUUGCAUCAGCAUUAGAACACUUGUACAGUCGAUCACAUCGGGCUCACCAAUUGUAAGUGCCUGGUUUUAUCUUCAGGUGAGUUUGCCUUACAAAAAAAUUAACUUCUUUU